CCUCUUUUUUCCUUUUUUUUUCUUCCUUCAGGUUGCAUUGCUGCUCUUCUUCCGACAUCCAAUCCCCUUCGGACUUCUUGAGCGUGUCUCUUCUCCACGACCUUAGACGGGCGACUUCGGGAGUUUUGCGCUCGUUUUGGUCUUAAAGCUCCCAUUCACGCCUGGCCUUUUCCCAGGUUCCAUCAGUGUUGGAGAUACUUCGAUAUUGACGUCAAGUCUUGCGACCAUUGCAGCUACUACUGAUCCUUAGGUAUUUGCACCUCUUCACGGUCGCCGACUUCCUGUCCCACAAUGUCAGAUAGCAAAGAUCAAGUUACCACCCACGCCGCCUCUCUGGGGGUCACCGCCGCCAACCCACUGGCCGAGCCCUCGAAGCAGCAGACCGCGAUAACGCCGGAUGUCAAUUCCGCGGAUGGCGACGAGGAAUCCGUCUCCGAGGUGGCCCCGGCGGAUCAGCUGGAUCAGAAGAAGAAAGGGUUCUUGGCCUACUUCAAGACCAAGGAGUUUUACAUCACCCUGUCUCUUGGCCAACUGCUGGCAAUUGCAAACACGGCGACCAGCACCUUCAGUACCCUGCUGAGCCAGAAAGGCACCUCCAUCCCGGCCUUCCAGACCUUCUUCAACUAUGUGUUGCUCAACCUCAUCUUCACUUCUUACACUCUCUACCGGUACGGCAUCAAGGGCUGGGCCCGAAUGGUGUACAAGCACGGCUGGAAAUAUAUCAUCUUGUCUUUCUGUGACGUCGAAGGCAACUACUUCAUCGUGCUCGCGUACCGAUACACCACGAUGCUCAGCGCACAACUGAUCAAUUUCUGGGCAAUCGCCGUCGUCGUCGCCGUCUCCUUCAUUUUCCUCCGCGUACGCUACCACAUCUCCCAAGUGCUAGGCAUCCUGAUCUGCAUCGGCGGCAUGGGCGUCCUCAUCGCAUCGGACCACCUAACCGGCACCAACGGCGGGAACAUCUCCAGCGGCGACCAGCUCAAAGGCGACCUAUUCGCCCUACUAGGUGCCACCUUCUACGGCCUAGCCAACACCGGCGAGGAGUACUUCGUCAGCACGCGCCCCGUCUACGAAGUCCUCGGCCAGAUGGCCUUCUUCGGGAUGCUCAUCAACGGCGCCCAAGCCGGUAUCUUCGAUCGGGCCUCCUUCCGCACCGCCGUCUGGGACAGCCAGGUCGGCGGGUACCUAACCGGAUACACGCUCUGCCUGACGCUCUUCUACUCCCUGGCCCCGCUACUCUUCCGCCUCUCCUCAGCCGCCUUCUUCAACAUCUCCAUGCUGACCAUGAACUUCUGGGGCGUCUGCAUCGGCAUCAAAGUCUUCCACUACACCAUCCACUGGAUGUACCCCAUCGCCUUUGUCUGCAUCAUCGUCGGCCAACUCAUCUACUUCCUCGGUCGUCGUCUGCUCGGCGAGUCACGGAAGCCCUGGCUCGGCCAGAACCAGGAGCGUGGCAUUGCAGGCCUGUUUACCGCUAAGCGCCGGAUUGACCACACCACUACCACUACUACAUCUAAUUCUAACCGCGAUCUUGAUGAUCCCCGGACGACCGGUACGAGUGGGGUUUAGGCGUUAUAUAUCCGGUCUUCGUUUAUUAUUGGUCUUUGUCCUUUCAGGACUGAU